AUGAUGAGCAAUAGUGAAAGAUUGUCCUCAAUUACUCCUUGUGCCUAUCCAUUGUUGAGCGACACAACUCACUGUGGUAUUGAUGAUACCAAACUGAAAAGUGUUCAAGUUUGCGAUCCUGACAAAGCAAUUAGUAUGUCUGAAAUCGAAGUCAUCAAGAAUAAACUUGAUUCUAUUUAUCAACGCAACAACAACUACUGCAUUUGUCAUCAUGAUCAGUCAAGACCAUGCUGGUUUCAAUUUGGUUUUGCAUUUUUGCGCUACAUGUAUCCUGUGCAAUCAGGUGUUUCACAUCUCUAUAGUCGCGAGUUUUGCCCAGCAAAUGAAACACUGUUAAAAUUCAUAAAAAAUCAUGCCUUCCUUCACUCAACAAGAGAAGAUGUGAUAAAUUAUGGAGAAAACUUUGCCCGAUUACUAAGGGAACGUUGGAUAAUGGGAAAGUGUGAUGAAGAUAUUUUGUUUUUUAUUGUUUUGAAAAGGCCUGAUCAGUUGAUCGUAGAAAUCAUACGUAGUUUGCAGUACAUUUUUGCAUCAUAUGGUUCUUUGGUACAAGAAAAAAUUGGUAUAUUCAACUCCAUGGAUGGUGAAUUCUUACUUAGCUAUCAUCGGAUGGACCCACUGAAAAGAAUUGUUGAGGCAGAAAAUGUCAAUUUUGAAAAUGGCUACUCAUUAAAAGCAGUGACUGAAAACUUGUUGGACCGUUUCACGGAGACACUCUCUCAAGCAAACAAAAACCACUUAUUAACUCGAACUCAAAGUCACAUUCCCGAUUGGGCAUUGAUUGUAUUCGUCACGUGUGCCUUUCUGUGCUUACUUAUGACAAUUGGUUUAUGUCUGAUGCGAAGAUCAGUUCGACGUGGAUCGCCUCGCAGUAAGCCAAUGGAUACAACAAGGAGGUGGAAAGCAGGAUUUGUUGGUGGUAAGAUAAUUAUAGAAAUCCAAAUUUCAGGCAGUACAAUUCGAAAAGAGGCAGUAAAGUCUAUUUCUAAUACUUUAAUCAAAUGGUCUGAAACACCGAAAAUAUCGUCUUUACACUUGUCCAACACUUUAAAGUUUUAUUGUGAAAAACCCAAUGUAUGUAUUAUCGCUCUUUUCCGUAGUGUCAUUUGCAAAAAUAAUUUGCCUUCACACUUUAACUCAUCGUAUGUUUAUGGAAAUGUUGCAGAAAAUCUGGAAGGAAUGCCGACAGGUGGUGUUAAUUUGAUGCAAAUGAUGAUACAGCCAUCACUUCGUCACAGUAACAAUCUGGUCAACAAUUUUGCUUGA